AUGUCUACGAACCCCGCCGACGAGGUUGCCGCGAGGAAACGAGCUGAGCGUGAGAAGAACCCCAUCCAUAUCGAACAACUGGACGCAAGCGUGUUGGCUGCACUACCAAAGGAUGUGAAGAUACUAUCAAUCAAACAGUCCGGUGAAAGCGCGUGGUGUGAGAGUUUCCGCAUCGAUACAAACCUACAAGAUGGCUCGGAGAGGCAGUACUUCGUCAAGAUCAAAACAGGCAAACUAGGAAAGCGAAUGAUGCAAGGUACCUACGAAUCCGAACUACUUUAUCACUCUUACUGCCCCGAACAUGUUCCAACACCAAUUGCCUGGGGAGCCUAUAAAGACCACCCGGAUACAUGGUUCUACAUCUGCGACUUCCACGACAUGGCGAUGGAGAAACUGGAUCCAAGUGCCUUUGUCGACAUCAUUACUGGGGUGCACAAAGCAAGUAUGGGAAAAUCACCGCUCGGCAAAUACGGAUUCCACAUUCCAACUCACCUUGCUCACGAAGACUCGUGGGAGAUCUGGUACACCAAAGCCAUGCAGACCAUGUAUGAUCUAGAGAAGAGCAAAUACGGGAUAGACGAAGAGUUAGAAGUCAUCUUCGAAGCUCUCCGUUCAAAAGUCAUACCUAGGUUGCUCCGUCCUCUGGAAACCGGCGGUCGCUCUAUUGAACCAUGCCUCUUGCAUUCGGAUCUCUGGCCUGGAAACUGCAUGCUGGAGAAAAAGACUGGCAAGAUCAUUAUCUUUGACUCGUGUGCUUUCUGGGGUCAUAACGAGUGUGACUUGGGUAGCUGGCGUGCUCCGCGGUACAAUAUGGGCGAGGAGUUCUUUACGUGCUACAAGGAUAUCGUGAAGCCCUCGCAAACAGAGGAAGAUUGGGACGAUCGCAACAGACUUUACGCCAUUCGCUAUGAUCUUCUGGUCUCCGCGCUCUAUCCGGAGAAGCCCGAAUUUCACGAUAGAGCCAAGGAUGAGAUGAGAAUACUCGUCAAGAAGUUCCCUGGCGGCUUCGAAGACUGGGAAGCCCGACAUGCGUCUUCAUAA